GGCGCGCGCUCCUGAGCCCGGGCGUGCUAACGCGGGUUUUGUGUUUCUAACGCAGAGGCCGUCGUCCGCUAUGGAGCUCGCCUUUACUCCGCUGGAGCCUCUGCUUCCCUCUGGGAAUUUGAAAUACUGCCUUGUGAUUCUGAAUCAGCCCUUGGACAAAUGUUUUCGUCAUCUUUGGAGCAAAGCUCUUUUAAGAGCCUGUGCCGAUGGAGGUGCCAACCGCUUGUACGACAUCACUGGAGGAGAGCGGACGAGCUUUUUGCCCGAUUUCAUCAGCGGUGACUUCGAUUCUAUUAGACCUGAAGUUAGAGAAUACUAUGCUGAUAAGGGCUGCGAGCUGAUCGCCACCCCUGACCAGGACCACACUGACUUCACCAAGUGCCUGCAGGUGCUCCAGCGCAAGGUGGAGGAGAGAGACCUACAGGUGGACGUGAUAGUGACCUUGGGCGGACUGGCUGGGCGUUUUGACCAGAUCAUGGCGUCUGUGAACACCCUGUUCCAAGCGACUCACAUCACCCCCUCUCCAGUCACCAUAAUCCAAGAGGAAUCGCUCAUCUGCCUGCUCCAGCCAGGCGAGCACACGUUGCGCGUGGACACCGGCCUGGAGGGGGACUGGUGUGGCCUUGUUCCCGUCGGACAGCCUUGUCGCCAGGUGACCACGACGGGCCUCAAGUGGAACCUGACGAACCACGCGCUUGGCUUCGGAACACUGGUCAGCACGUCCAACGCCUACGACGGCUCUGGGGUCGUGACGGUGAAGACGGACUGCCCGCUCCUCUGGACCAUGGCCGUGCAGGCCUAGCCCGGCGGCGCCCCGCGUGCCCCCGACGGGCCCCUGCUCGUG